UGAACGCAGCAUCUCUAAAUCAAACACACAUGAAAAGUUAAUCAAGGUCUUCAAGAUUAGGCUGCUAGAAAGCUACAGGCAGACGAGUUGCAUCGGGGUAUGAGCUGCGCCAGAUCUCCUUGGAUCUUUAAAAGCGUUUUCAAAAAGCGCUUUAAAACUCUUGUGACCCUCUAAUUCAGCGCAUUUUCCAGCAGAGUCCGUUGUGAGAUCGCUGGUCGAGAGGAUGACUGCUCGACUGUGCUGCUCGAUGAUUGUUUUAUUGUGUUCCUCUGUAUGCAGGAGCGUAAGAGUCCCCGAAGAACGAGUCAGAGAAAUCGAACCCGUUGAAUUGGUUCCACCGUUACCAGCAAAGCCAGGAGUGUGUCCUAAAAACUACCUUGAAGUAGCAACGUCUAGAACGUGUAGAGAGUCAUGUGCCCAUGACAGUGACUGUCCGAACACUGAGAAAUGCUGCAGCAAUGGAUGUGGACAGCAGUGUAUGCCUCCAUAUACAGGAAAGCCAGGAGUGUGUCCAAGCAAAAAACAUGGAGAAGUGGGAUUGUGUGUCGAGAUGUGUUCUGAUGAUAGUGGCUGUCCGAAUGAUGAGAAAUGCUGCAGCAAUGGAUGUGGACAUCAGUGCAUGCCUCCAUAUAAAGAGCAACCAAAGCCAGGAGUGUGUCCAAGCAAAACCCUGGGACAAAAAGUGUGUGCAGAGUCAUGUGUGAAGGACGGUGACUGUCCGAAUGAUGAGAAAUGCUGCAGCAAUGGAUGUGGUCAUCAGUGUAUGCCUCCAUAUAAAGCAAAGCCAGGAGUGUGUCGAAGCAAAAUCCUUGAACGAGGAGUGUGUGCUGAGAUGUGUGUUGAUGACAGUGACUGUCUGAACGAUGAGAAAUGCUGCAGCAAUGGAUGUGGACAUCAGUGUAUGCCUCCGUAUACAGAGAAACCAAAGCCCGGAGUGUGUCCAAACAAACUUGGAGUAGGAGCGUGUGUGGAGUCGUGUUCCUAUGACAGCGACUGUCUGAAAGAUGAGAAAUGCUGCAGAAAUGGAUGUGGUGGACAUCAGUGUACAGCUCCAUAUACAGGUAUGUUAUACUGAUGCAUGGGUCAGCUUUUUUCCCCAUUACAGUGAAUGAGACAUUCAGUGAUCAGGGGUCUCCUUUAUAAAGCGUGCGUACGCACAAAACGGGGAUGGAAACGUGC